AUGCUGCCGCGGUCGCUGCGUGCCUGGAUUCCCCGGUUGUUGCGUAGCAUGGGCACCGGGAGGCCCGGGAGGCCCGGGAGGCCCGGGAGGCCCGGGAGUCUCGAUUCUGGCGCCGGGCCGCUGUGGGCACCUCGCCACGCCUGGCCUCCGGAUAAAGAUAGAGAAAGUGAUAAAGAGAAAAAAGCAGUGGUUUGUGUCGAGGGCAACAUUGCAAGUGGGAAGACGACAUGCCUGGAGUUCUUCUCCAACACUCCAGAUGUGGAGGUGUUAAUGGAGCCUGUGCUCAAGUGGAGAAAUGUGCGCGGCCAUAAUCCUCUGGGGCUAAUGUACCGGGAUGCCAGUCGAUGGGGCCUCACACUGCAGACCUACGUGCAGCUCACUAUGCUGGACCAGCACACUCGUCCUCAGAUGUCACCUGUACGGUUGAUGGAAAGGUCAAUUUACAGCGCAAGAUACAUUUUUGUAGAAAACCUGUAUAGAAGUGGGAAGAUGCCUGAGGUGGACUAUGUGGUUCUGUCUGAGUGGUUUGACUGGAUUGUCAGGAGCAUUGAUGUCUCUGUUGACCUGAUAGUUUAUCUUCGAACCACUCCUGAGAUCUGCUACCAGAGAUUAAAGAUGAGGUGCAGGGAAGAGGAGAAAGUCAUUCCGAUGGAAUACCUCUGUGCUAUCCACUGUCUCUACGAGGAGUGGCUGCUCAAUGGUGGCCUUUUCCCAGCUGCAGCCCCUGUUCUGGUGAUUGAGGCUGACCACAACUUGGAGAAAAUGUUAGAACUCUUUGAACAAAACCGGGCCCGGAUAUUAACUCCAGAGAACUGGAAGCAUGGCCCGUAGGACUGGAGCCGUCUACGAGACAGGGCUAGGAGCAGCCUAGCAGGCCAGGCUAGCUGCUAGGAGCGUUUGGGAGAAUCCAGUCUUAGGAGGGUCUCUUACCUGUUCAGAUCUAGUCUCAUAAUGGCCUUCUCAUUAUGGGACAAAUAGCUUUUGUCUGUCAGAUCCUUGAAGCACACAUCCAGAUGUCCCUGCUGGUGGCUUCCUGAUACUGAAACUGUUUGUAAAAAAAUGCUCGCUGGGUCUCUCGUGGUGUUCUGGGUGCUGUGCAUCAAGCCACCCGGUAGGGCAAGGGAACAGUCUUCCAUCCCAGGCAAGGAUUUGAAGCUCAGAGAGGCGCAGGACUCUUCAAGGUCACACAGCCAGUGCAUAGCGGAGCUGCCACCAUUUAGACACCUGAGCCAAUCCCCACAGCACUGCUGCUGCUCUGAGCUCCUGCCCACCACAUCUUCAUGAGAAGAGCUGGCAGUAUGUGGAUUCCAUCAUAUUUCACUACCGGGCAAGUUUUAAGGAGAAGAGACACCGCUAGU